AUGACCGAUUGUAGACAUUACUCCGAUCGACCAUUGCACUGCCGUUCACCCCAAUACGGCUUUUCCUUUGUCCCAGAGCGCGAUCUUAAUUUGAAAGCCGCAUCACUAAGCCAUCUUAUUGAUAACAGCCUCAACGACGCUGUCGAGCGCUGGGCAAACGGCAGCAAAGGAGUGACUUUCAUUUACCUUGCCUCCAUCUUCCUUACCGUCCUGGCGACGAUCGAGUCUUUCUUUGUUCUGAAGUGGGCGGCCAUCAGCAGCGUGCUAUGCUGUAUUUUGUUACUAUCCGUCACCAUCGCAAAUACUGUCAUCGUAAAACAAUUCAGCAACCGGUUCAACGACAUCUUCGAGGGCCAUGGGAUUUCCACGAGCCCAGGAUCCACGCCAAUGGCUCUUGCGAUUACAGCCGCUUUCCUCUCUAUUCUUGCCGCAAUUCUUUACUUUAAUGCUGUGCGUCAGCAAUCUGGACAAUGCAAGGGCAUGCUACUUGGUAACUUUGGUCGCAAACCGACGUUGGCAGGCGCAAUUGGUGGCCAUAAGUAUGUCCAGAUUGAACAUCAACAGGGUAAUGUGGGCGAUUACCCACCUAGUGGCCCCAAGUAUGGCGAAGCUAGUCAUGGCUCUCCCGACAGCUUGCGGGCAAGAAGACUGGAUGAUGACUGGGCUGCGCCCGACGAGUAUUCUGGUGGAUUUGUGUCAGGAGGGACAAAGACGGGUUCGGGGCCAUCCAUUCCUCUGAUGGCACUGGGCAGAAAUCGUGCAAAGAAAGACUUGAACACGGCAUAUGAACCAUAUAGUGAUUCGCGUUGA